UUCAGAGGCUGUUUUCUUACGUCUUGAUUGGCCGCUUAAACCAAAUCCUCUUGAGCAACUUGAACCAAGCGUCGGGAAGAAGGGAGGAGAAGGUCGGAGCAAAAUCCAACCCGACUGGAAGCCCUUUUAUCGGCCAACCACCAUUUGAAAGUUGCCUUUUGUUACAUCGAAGAGAAAAUACGAGAUUCGGAACCAGUGGGUUUUGCGUUGUCAGUCGAUUUACCUGUUUUUUUUAAAGCCUCUGCACGUCGUAAUUUUUCUUUUAUUUUUAUUUACAUUACGGUUUGAAUUGGCAGGUCAGUCGGUGGAGGUGUUGUUAUCACUUCCGAUCGCUUCGCUAGUAGCCAGGGGGCUCAUCGGUGUUUUACACUUGCUUGCGCCCGGCUCUCUCUCACGGAAUGUGCCUUUUACGAUCUAAAAGAAAAUUGCGAAGGCGCUGACAUCACAGCGAGCGCAGCUCGGGGCAGCUCCGGUAGGAUUUGGGGGAGGUGACGGCGGUGCGAGAAAUCGGCGAGAAGAGACACCCGAGAUACCUGGCUACACUGAAAAACAAAUCAUAAGUGGGAUUUAAUUGUGUUCGUUCAGUCUCCAAGUGCUAUGCAAAAGAAGAAGAAAUGUGCGGAAUAUUUCGAUUAGGAGCACGUUCUGGGAGGAAUCGCCGACUGCGCUGUGCUGCGCUAUAGGCUGCUUUAACUGGUGAGCAAACGCAAAGUGCCGGCAGAGUGAAUUUCAUCUUCUCUUUUUUCAAUUCUUGAAGCUGUUUUCCUAAAUGACAUAUUAACUUUGACAAACUCUGUACACAGUUAAUAAGGAUCGAACAGGGAGGACAGGAAAGCGAAACAUAUAUAAAUAAAUACAUCUACAAAAAAUGGAAAUGGCCAAGAGCCCACAGGACGGUUCCCGGGAGGAUCUGAGCAAGUUGUCCGACGAGGAGCUGCUAAAAUGGAACCGGGAGGAUUUGAUCAAAAGGCUCCGGAAAGCCGAAAACGAAAGGAUGAACUUAAUGGUGGAGCACGGCAACCUGAUGAAGGACGUGAACAAGCGGCUGCAGGUCCACCUGCACGAGAUCCGCGGUCUCAAGGAGGUUAACCAGAGGCUGCAGGACGACAACCACGAGCUCCGAGAGCUCUGCUGCUUUCUGGAUGACGACCGGCAAAAGGGGAAAAAACUAUCCCGGGAGUGGCAGAGGUUUGGCCGCUACACCGCCAGCGUCAUGUGGAAAGAGGUGAGCAUGUAUCAGCAGAAACUGAAGGAGCUGGAGACGAAGCAGGAGACGGUGAUGAGAGAAAAUCUGGAGCUGAAGGAGAUCAUCCUCAUGCUAGACGAGGAGAGGAACGGAGCGGGCUCGAGGAGCUCCAUAGACAGCCAGUCCAGUCUGACCAAUUUAAACGGGGGCUCCGGCACCAUACGGGAUGUUGGAGAUGGCAGCAGCACUUCGAGUACGGGCAGCGCUGGAAGUCCAGAUCAUCACCAAAACCACCUCCACCACAAGCCCGGAGAGCCCAAGGCCGGUACUAUCAGGAGGUCCAUGGAUGAUCUCAGCACGCCCCACCACCACAGGAGCAUCCCCAACGGCCUCAAUG